AACAUUAGAAAGUAACUUGGCAACCGCCAUUUGAAAAGUUAACUGAAAUCAACAAUAAGGACAUUGGCUACUUCAUCAAUUGCAAAGCAAACAUUACAUAUUUCAUCAUGACGACGGUGAAUGAACCUCCUUUCAAAUAAGAAAGCCCACGAAUGGUCAACUGUGAAACUUUGCAACAUGCACAGAUGAUGAUAUAGUCGCUUCAGCGGCCAUUGGUAACGUAGGUAGGAUUGCUGAUUGCAUCAAAGAAUUAUCUCUUAUUGAGUAAAUAUCCUUCAUCUAACAGCGCCAAAGUUGUGAGACAGACAGAAAAAAACAUUUAAACAGACAAAGAUUGUGGUAAGUCAAGCGAUAACGGGGAACCUGUCACAAGUUGUGUAAGCAGCUAGGGGUUUGCUUUUUGCAAUUUCACUUAGUUUGCCAACUUGACUGAACCAAAAAUCCACCAAGGAUUUCACAUAUGCCGGCGUUCUAUAAUGAAAACCAAUGUGCCCUGCCAUUUAGGUAGUUGUGUUCAUUGAUGGAAACCAUACUGAAAAGAAACAUAACGCCAGAAAGUUACAGCCUGAAAAGCGUCACCAAGGCCACAAGUUAAACUUGUGGUAAUAAAUUGAAAUAGUUUUUGUCUUUUUAAAAUAUGAAUGGACAAGACAAACAACAAUCUGAUUGAAUUCAUUGAAAUAUCCGAUCAAGCGUCGAAUAAAGCCGAUGAACUGAAAUUCACAUCUCUUAUAUUCUAUCGGAAAGACAAUCCUGUAUUAAACUAUCAUGUGUUAAAAGGAAUUUCGUGGAUUUUACUGCUUUCAUACCAUUUGCAAUCAUUAGGAAACAAUAUUUUUAGAUCAAUUGUUUGAAACAUGAGCUCACGCGGACAAGCAUUCAGAGAUUCCGUUUUAGGUCUCUGCCAGACAUAUUUGGAUAUAUUGUUUGUCGCUGCAAAACAAAGAAGUUGCUGCAUAUAUGAGAAGUGAUAACAAGUCGACAAUAUCCUAGAAUUUCACUUCUUCUAGCGAAUAAAUUCACUUUCCGUAAUACAACAUAAAUCGGAUCAACAUGCUUCAAAAUCAUUCCACACAGCUGUGUUGACAAAACGUCGACGCGAAACACUUUCAUUUUUGCCUUUCAAAUCCUUUAAUGAGGUAUGCAUAACAAAUUGUUUGCACAACAAUACUCAGUUAUGGUUCCUUGGUCGAGUAUAAGAAAAUUUACAAGAAUCCACUCUUGUUAUCACCAAGGCAAGGAACCAAAAACGUCUCUUCAAAAUUCGCGUAUUCGUGUGUUUUUUGAAGCUUAAAUCUCUUCGCUUCGAAUAGAAAUUGCUCUAGCUCGGGAGAACAUGUUAAGACCGAUGAAGUCAUUUUUGAUUCGUAAUGUCCGGCAGCAACUGACUGCGAGAACAGUUGUCGGCGCUAUAGCAGUAUAUUGCUUGUUAAAAUCGAUACAAUACAGCGUUGACUAUUACAACAACUACGACAAGUAUUUCGUGAAGGUGGAUAAUUUAGACAUAAUACAGGCGGAUUUCCAUUGUACAAGCUCCCUAUCUAAUGACUCGUGUACAAUAAAAACCGAAGAAGCCUUAAUGAUGUGUUUCAACAUGGGAAGUAAAUGUUUCGGAGUGACUUAUAACUUCGGAACGAAAACGGCCACAUUCAAGCGUGGUAAAAAUGGCAAACCGAAAUUCUCACUUGGUAUUGUCACCACAUACAAAAAUGAAUAUAAAGACCUUUUGAUGUUGAAAGAAUCAGACGAAUGUGCGCCGGUGAGGGAAAGAAGGGAAGAAGCGAAUACUAAAACAUCAAACAAGAUAUGCAAUAUUCCCAACAUUGACCCAUUUGAUUCUACUGUCAUGAAAAUGGUAAAGAAAGUGGAGCCUCUGGUUUGCAAAGGAGAAAAAAACUUGACAUUUUAUAGAAAUGGAAAGUUGACGCUAACAUCAGCUGGAAGAUUAAGAGCAAUCAAAGCAGAAUAUGAAGUUAUUACAGGACGUAGCAACUCUGGAGAAUGGUUUAAUGUCAAGGAAAAAGGCACCCUUACACCAUCAAAGCCAGAGGUGAUCCUUAACGAAGACAUGGUGUAUGUCGAGAUUCACAAAACAGAUAAUAAAAUUCAAAAAGAAUUUCACAUGGAAGUGAAUUCUCGUGAUGAAAUACUAAACAGAGUUCCUCAAAAGAAACCAGGAAUACCACUGAACAUUAUGAUGGUGGGCUUAGAUUCUACUUCCCAUGCACACUUUCAACGAAAGCUAGAUCCGAUAUACAAGUACCUUAAGAAUGAUUUGAAAUCACAAAUAUUCAAUGCGCAAUCCAUUGUUGGUGAUGGAACAACUGCAGCAUUGAUAGCAAUGCUGGUUGGACAACAUAUUGAUGAGUUGCCUGAAGGAAGAAGAGGGAAGUUUUCUGCCAAAUGCCUAGAUCGUUGGCCAUGGAUAUUCAAAGACAUGAGUGCGCAUGGCUACGCAACAUUUUACAAUGAAGACGAGGUUUUCUGGGGCGCUAUUACCACACGUCUUAAAAGUUUCUGCAAACCGCCAAUCGACCAUUACCUUCUACCGUUAUGGUACGUAGCGUUGGAUAGACUCUCGACAAAGUACCAAAAGAUGGUUGGUGGUAUGAGUUAUCUGAAGGGACAUUGCCUUGGUUCGCAGGCCAUUUAUAAUAUCAGCUUCAACAGUAUAAAAAGCUUCUUCAAAGCGUAUCCCAAUCAAUUGAAAUUUGGUUUUCAAAUAAGCUCCGACUUUUGCCAUCACGAAGAUUUUAAUUUCAUAUCGUUGGUUGAAGAUGAUCUUUUAUCGUUUUUAAAGUAUUUCAAAACUGAAGGUUACCUCAAUAACACCAUACUUAUAUUAUUUGGUGAUCAUGGUUUACGACACGGUUUCGUACGUUCUACGGUCCUUGGACGCAUGGAGGAACGGCUACCGUUUCUGUCAGUCACUUUACCGGAGUGGUUUGAAAAGGUCUAUCCAAAACUUUACGAGAAUAUACAGAGGAACAGACAUGUUCUAACUACGCCGUUUGAUAUUCACGCUACAUUCCAACAUAUCCUCAUGUAUCCACGCGAACCUCGGGAACUUCCUCACGGCAAGAGUUUGUUCACUGAUAUAGGAUGGAGGACCUGCGAGCAGGCUGGCAUCCCUUUUCAUUUCUGCCCAUGCGUGGAUUGGAAAGACGUUGAGGUCGAUAAUGAAGACGUACAGAAAAGUGCGUCAGCUUUUGUAGACAUGAUUAACGAAAGAUUGACAAAAAAUAGCGUGGAGGCAAAAUGCGCUCGACUGAAUUUGAAAGAAGUCAUCUCGGCGAAGCUCAUCACGUCAAAAGGAGGAGUAGAGGAAACGAAUCGUGGACAGUUCACGAUGAGCAAGAUCCUCAAAGGAGGAUGCAUGUAUCAACUCCAACUGAUAACGUCACCAAACAACGGCAUGUACGAGUCUACGGUGCAACUGAUCAGCGGCAUUCCAAACGUCAAUCAACAACUUAGCCGAAUCAACGCAUACAACGACCAAUCAGAUUGCAUAAGAAAAACGCAUCCGUUUCUACGUGAAGUAUGCUUUUGUCAUGGAGCGACGCCUUCAAAAACGUAGUUCUCAAUAUGAAUAUGGUUCCAGCAUCCACCUAGCGACAGUAGUUAAAUUAGCACAUUUCAAACCAAAUUUACCGUCUUUGGAUGUUUGUCUUGCAUACGAAUGAAAUUCCCGUGGUGUAUAGAUGAGAAAAUUGACCAUGCAGUCACGGAGGAAGACAACAGUUCAAAUGACAAAAAUUCUUUUUAUUACGAUUGGUAGAUUUUGGGAAGUGUGCGCCGUUAAACAUUUUAAAAUCACAAUUGCUUUUGCUUAGUUUUUUGAAUUUUGGAAUAUUAGUAUUUUGGCAUCUCUCUUGCACCCCUUGUAUCCAAGGCUACGAGUUGUGCGCAGCCCUGAUGUGCAAUCUCUCUAGCCUGCAUCCCACAUUCUCCAGAUUAAGUGUCUGUGGUAUAUUUACGUCCCUGGAUGGCUUGGUGUUUUGGCCUUCAAAAUAAAGGAAAAUCCGGAAAAUUUGACCACGAAAUGCAUUGUUUAAUGGAACUAUAAAAUGUUUAGGUACAAGUCUUCAGCAAGUACAACGUUUCAUUGUAGGUAUCGUUCACAUAUUUGGCCAAAUUUGGGAGAUUUUGUUUUUGUUUUUGAAUCCUUUUUAGAUCUUGUUAGCAGCCGAGUAGAAAUAAUAAAAGUAUUUAAGAAAACAA